AUGUCUUCUAAUUUAUACACAUUUUCAUCAGUUGUUUUGUCAAAUAUAAAGAAAUUUAGAUUUGAACUGAUUAAAUCUGAUUCAUUACAAGCUUCAAUUUACAAAAUUAAUAAAGAUUCAUAUGAAAUAGAACAAGAAGAAAUUGAUGAUGAUGAUGAUAUAGAUUCAGUAGAAUUAUUAGUAGAAGAAUUACCUGAUAACCAACCAAGAUAUAUUAUAUUAAGCUAUCCAUAUAAAACAAAUGAUAAUAGAUUAAAAACUCCAUUGGUAUUAAUUUAUUGGAUUCCACCAACUACUUCACAACAAUAUAAAAUGUUAUAUGCUGGAGCAGUCGAAAUCUUUCGAGAUAAAGCAGGAGUUAAUAAACUUAUCAAAAUUGAAGAUGAAGAGGAAUUUGAAUCAUUAGAUGAAUUGAUUAAAGAUUGA